AUGGAAGGUGAAGGAGCAGUCGCUCGUCUCGUGGAGACCCCCCCGAACAACGGGGACGCCCAGGAGCUCCCGAAAGAGGGUGAAUACGGAGCCGAGGGAGCAGCAGCCACAGAAGAGCUGGCUGUGACCAGGGACACGGGGGACAGCGGGGCCCCCCCGGGGCGUCUGUGGCCGGAACAGGACAUGCCACGCUUGGACCACGGGGACGGUAGAGCAGACGCUCUCCCGAAGCCCUCGAUUGCCUUGAUGGACAGGCAGAGGAGCACCGAGCUCUCGGCCCUUGACAGCUUCCCCCUGAAGCACUCGAACACGCUGACCAACAGGCAGCGAGGCAACGAGGUCUCGGCCCUCCCGGCCACGCUGGACACGCUGUCCAUCCACCAGCUUGCUGCCCAAGGAGAGCUCAGCCAGCUGAAAGAGCACCUUCAGAAAGGUGAGAACUUGGUAAAUAAACCUGAUGAGAGAGGUUUCACGCCGCUGAUCUGGGCUGCAGCCUUUGGAGAGAUCGAAACAGUCCGUCACCUGCUGGAAUGGGGCGCUGACCCCCACGCGCUGGCGAAGGAGCGGGAGAGCGCCCUGUCCCUGGCCAGCAUGGGCGGCUACACUGACAUCGUCAUCAUGCUGCUGGAGAGGAACGUGGACAUCAACAUCUAUGACUGGAACGGCGGCACUCCUCUGCUCUACGCCGUGCGCGGCAAUCACGUCAAGUGUGUCGAGGCCCUACUAGCUCGCGGCGCCGACCUGACGACGGAGGCAGAUUCUGGCUACACCCCGAUGGAUCUGGCCGUGGCCCUGGGACACAAGAAAGUCCAACAGGUUAUCGAAAAUCACAUCCUCAAGCUAUUUCAGAAAAAGGAGCUGGAGUGACGCGGCGGCUCGCGCUGCACU